CUUCCUUCUUCAGUGAUGAUAUAGGCUAUGUGAAUAUUGUCUGUAAAGUAAAUACUAUGUUAGAUACAAGAAAUAAGUGAGAUGAGAUGUGUUAUUAAUACAAAGAUAACUAGUAUAUAAUAUAUUACAUUACCACGUAAGACGUACCAGUUUCAGGCAAAAUGGCCUCCUCAUCCAAUAGUGCCAAUGAUGAUGAAGAAUUUUUCGACGAAGCAUCUAGUACCUUGCAUAUUCCUCAAGAGGUUAUGAAAGCCAUAGACCAGGUUAUUCCAAGUAACGACCCUCUUGAUGAUCCGGACUUCAAUUCUAUAGAUUAUAUAAAUUCACUAUUUCCUACGGAGCAAUCUCUGUCUAACAUAGAUGAUGUGAUAGCACAGCUGGAGUGUAAAAUUCAUGGUAUUGAUGAUCAAAUACGGACUGUAGUGAGACGUCAGACCAACGUCGGAAAGGAUGGAAGAGAUGCUCUUCUAGAUGCUCAACAAGUUAUAAAGCAACUCUUCCUUCAAACAUUGGAGAUUAAAAGCAAGGCUGAACAAUCCGAGGAAACUGUCAAAGAGAUAACAAGGGAUAUAAAACAACUAGAUUGUGCCAAAAGGAAUCUCACUGCGGCCAUUACAACUCUGAACCAUCUUCACAUGCUUGUUGGAGGAGUGGACACUCUCAAGAUCCUGACCGGUAAACGUCAAUAUGGGGAAAUUGUGAUGCCACUGCAAGGCAUUGUAGAAGUAAUGAAACAUUUCCACAACUACACUGACAUUCCACAGAUAAAGAAAUUGGCUGAUGAGGUACAUGAAAUUCAAAACGCCUUGUCCCAACAAAUAACACAAGAUUUCCACGAAGCAUUAACUGGGGCCAAUGCCAAAAACUUUACUCCAACAAGAAGUCUUGCUGAAGCCUGUUUGGUUGUAGAUAUCUUGGACCCUAAAGUCAAGCGAGAAUUACUAAAGUGGUUUGUUGGAAUUCAGUUGGAUGAGUACUUAGUAUUGUUUAAUGAAAGUGAAGAAAAUGCCUGGUUAGAUAAGAUUGACCGGAGAUAUACAUGGUUUAAGAAACACUUGCUUCAAUGUGAGGACAAGUUUGGUGCGAUGUUUCCUCCCCAUUGGGAAGUUUCCGAACGGAUUACCAUUAAGUUCUGUCUCAUUACAAGGGCAGAACUAACCAAAAUUAUGUCAAAAAGGGCAAAAGAAAUAGAUGUUAAAUUGCUAUUAUACGCCAUCCAAAGAACGUCAAGUCUUGAACAGUUGCUGGCGGUUAGGUUUACAGGAAAUACACUUCUUGAGGACAAUCCAACAACUCAAAGCAGCAAAACAGAAGACCAAAAAACAACCAAACGGAAGUCAACCUCUAACCCGUUUGAUGUGGAAAAUCAAGAGGAAGAAGGCCAACCCAAACCCACCAAUGAACAGGCAGUCUCAGCCUUUCACAAUAUUAUUGGACAAUGUUUCCUGCCGUACCUAUACAUCUACAUCGAUAGUCUUGAUAGAAAUCUGUACGAGUUGUUGGAGAAGUUUAUGACUGAGUCAAAGCGAGACUUCAGCAAUGAGCAGCCAGUGAGUGCAGCAGUCCAAGGCGUUCUUCCUUCUUGUGCUGAUCUCUUUGUCUUCUACAAGAAGUUCCUGGUGCAAUGCAAUCAGCUGAGUAAUGGUCCACCAAUGCUCAGCCUCAGCCAAACCUUUGAGAAGUAUCUCAGAGAAUACGCUGUGAAGAUUCUUCAGAACAAUUUACCCAAUUUGGAGUCGACCCAGAACCCUAACAGUUUCACCGCCUCAUCUUCAAUACCCUGUUUGAAGGUGCACGUGAUGGCCUGUGUCUUGUCAUUGUUGAUUUUGAGACGGUUUAACAGAAACCAUUCUUUAGCUUCAUUCAAUAGAAAAGCUGCCUCUGUUCGAAGAUCGUUCAGGUUGCUGUGCCUGGUCAAGAAGCUCACCUUUGAGGAUACAUUCUGUCUUCUUUACAGCAAGAUGAGACUUGAGCUUCAACAGCUGUUGUUGGACACUCAUAUGCUCAAGACUGUUCUACUCGACCUUCCGUCCAUUGGAUCUCAAGUCGCAAGAAAAGCUCCUGCAAGCUACACUAAAGUUGUAGUGAAAGGAAUGACAAGAGGAGAAAUGAUCCUGAAAGUAGUGAUGGCUCCAAUAGAACCUGAUACUGCCUUUGUGGAUCAGUUCCUGAAACUUUUGCCUGAAUCUGACAUUCAGGAGUUCCAGAAGGUCUUGGAAAUGAAGGGCUUGAAAGCCGCUGAGAAAAACCAUCUUCUAUCAAUAUUCCGGCCGAGACACUCCUCAGGUUUUGUGAAUGGCUCCACUUCUACCAACAGUCCCAAGCACGAUACAAGCAGUAUCCGCAAACUCAACAAUUUGAUUAAGAAGAAUUUUGUUGCCGGCAAUGGAGAGUAAAACAACAGCUGAUUUGCCAUAUUUUAAGAUAUGGAUUUGUUCCAUUACUUUACUACCACAAUUAUGUUUUUUCAUUCUCAUUUGAGGCGAUCCAUUCAAAACUCACUUUAUCCAUUCUUUUAGAAAUUGAGUUAUUGGUAUCACUGCAUUCAGCAGAAAAAGUCGUUAUAAAAUACCGUGUCAAAACUUGUGUAAUCCUACUAAUAUUUAAUGUUAAAAAGUGUGUGUCAUUUCCAAAACUCACUUUAUUUCGGUUGUAUCAUUCGAAAAAUCACAUAAUCCACCAUUGCCAAUUGGAGGCUGUAUUUUUUGUUUUUCCAAAACCAUCUUUAUCCUCUUACCCAAUCGGUGGCCUGAAUUCGGUCAUGUGACUUUGUUGUCAUUUUGAUUCUGGCUGAGAUCUUCAUUCUUUCAGUGCAAUAAUGAUCAAGAUGACAGUUUUGUAGUUUAGAAGGGUACUCUUGCUCUUAAAGUACCAAUCAAUUAAUUUGAAAGAUGUUAACAUAAGUAAUUUUCUCACUUUUAAUUUUAACAUUAGUCCAGAGAACGUCUAAUGACCUGUACUUCUGUAUUCUUUUACUGUAAAAUAUAAAAAACUCAUGAAAAUGUUUUUUAUAAUUUUAUAACUUUUCUAGUAAGUACCACUUCACUUAGAAAAAUAUACGAGAACCUAUUAAGGUUAAUACAAUCCAUAUUAUUAGGUCUAUUAUCUUAAUAUUUAGUUUUAUUGUUUAAAACCAAUAACGAGACUGAUCAGUGUUAUGCAAUCCUAGUGUUCCAAAACCAGCUUUAUCCAUAGGUGUCAGAGCAAAACUAACUUUAUCCAUUUGUGUCAGGACAAAACUUACUUUAUCCAAACUUAAAACUUAUUUUUCUCAAAAACUACACAUAUUAGGACGAAAAGGCAUGCAAUAAUACACAAAGACACAUAUCUUUCACUUCGGAUGAAACAAAACAUAAUAAUUCACUGUCAGGAUAAUUAAUUAAAAGUUGUUUUUCAUUUCCUGAAAAUUUUAAAGAUAAGGACAAUGUGAGUUUUGGAAUGGACCGCCUCAUUUGUACUUUUAAAAACAACUGCUAGAGGCAUACACAGCACACUGCAUUACAGGCAAAUGAUGUUUAUUUGGAAGGUUUUGUCACUUCAUAACAAUGGUUGGCCUUUAUGCUUUAACUCAUUAAUACAGUUUAUGACAAAACUAUCUACCUGUGGGUAACAUCCCAUCUUUAAGGGUUGUAGAGGAAUCCAGUGUUUUAUAGUCAGUUUUUGUAUAAUCAACUGAUACUAAGUCAUUAAUGUUAAAAAAAAAUGUCCUCUAGGCAAGAAAUAAUUACUAUUGUGGGAAAAUUUAGCUUCAGAACAGUCUCUGUAUUUUUAAUUUAUAAGUAGCUUGGAUUGCUGGACAGAGGAAUUUAAAUGCCAUCUCCCCGUAUUAUAUACAUUCAAAUAAAACAGUAUUAAGGUAAAAAAAGUGAAGCAAAAUCAUUCCUCCUUUUGUUAUGGACAUUUUAGUACCAAUACACUCCAUAUUACCCAGGAAACCCUGGAUAUUGAAAAGCAUUUUGCCAAAUGUUAUUUUCAAACUCACUAUAAUGUAAAUUAAAGUGUAUUUAUAUAGAUUAACGACAGUGUAUAUUGUAUAUUAAUAAAAAUAAUAUAUUUGUAA